AUGGAUAUGGAUUUUCCUUUAAGAAAUGAUAUUUCUACCCCUUUAAGCGGUCAAAUUGACCAAAAAAAGCAACAUUUUGUCAAGUUUUCCGAUGCUUUAAUGGACUUCCAGGAAGCCGAACAAACGGAAGAAGAUAUAGAGACGUCGGCUUCUCCAUUUGAUAUGAUCAAACAAUUUAGAUCAAUUGCUGGUGAAUUGGCAUUAUCUUCAAUUGACAAAGCGAAAGAAGCUGGCGGCGAAACUACAAAUAACGAUUAUAAUGACUGGGAACUAGAAGCAAGAUUUUGGCACCUUUUAGAUCUUUUGAUAUCUUAUAGAGUAUCAGAUCAUGAUAUGAAUGAUGAAAAUGAGAAUGAGAACCAUGCUAAUGUUGUUUAUCCCUAUAAUUCUAGCGCAAUAUUUGAAAAGGAUCUCUUAUCUAAAGAUCAUCAAUUAUAUCAAAUAUGGAUCAUUAUAGUAUGGUUACAAGAAAAUCGUACCGUAGGAGAAAGACCAACAUCAUUGCCAACUUCUAAAUGGGUAAAUACGUUAAUUUCCGGCGGUGGGUUGAAAAGUUCGGAUUUAGAUGCCCGCUUGAGAGAUCCAGCCGUUGUUAAAUUGCAUGAAAAAGAUAUUCAAGAUGAUCAAAUGUUCUUUAAGUAUAUUUAUGACCUUCUUUUGUCCGGUAAUUAUGAUGAAUUGUUUGAUGAAUGUAGAUUAUCCGAAAACUUAACCUUUAGUAUGAUUCUCUGUGGUAUGCAGGAAUAUGUCAAUCCUAAAAUUGAUACUCAAGUGGAUAAUGAAUUCGACUCACAACAAGGUGUUAAGAAACAUGCGUUAUGGAGAAGAGCUGUUUUUGCCUUGUCUAAAUCAAGUAAUAUUGGAUAUUAUGAAAGGGCAAUCUAUCAAUAUUUAGCGGGUGUGAUUCUAGAAGAUAACAAUGCCGGAAAGGAUCAGGCCAUACUGAUGGAUUGGGAAACUGAGUUCUUAUUAUAUCUGAAUCAAAUUUUUCAAAUUGAAGUAGAAAAUUACUUGUUGCAAAAUAAUAAAUUUGAUUCUGAGGAAUUGGUCUUACAACUACCAUCCAAAUCUAUCUCAUUACCUGAUAUAUUAAAUCUUUUAGCAUCAAAAUAUCCAACGGAAAGUGAAUCUCCGAUCAGAGUAUUGAUUGGUGCCAUCAUACUGGAUAAACUGCCUUCAUUGGUCCAUUCUUCUGUGGAAAUGUUACAAGAUUUAGUAGCCGGAGAAGAAAAUAAUAAUGAUCUACUAGAUGAACCUUAUUUACUUCGAGUAAUGACACAUCUCGUUAUAUUUUUAGAUUUUGUUACGCCAGGCAUAAUAUCAAAACUGGAUAAAAAGAGACUCAUCACUGCAUACAUAAGUAUCUUAAAACUACAUGGAUUAUAUGAAUCUAUACCAAUAUACAUCAAUUUUUUGGAACCAGAGGAUGCAUUAGAGGCGUAUUCAUUUAUCUUAUCGACUAUGGAAGAUCCAAUAGUAAGAGAAAAACAAUUGAAACUGAUGAUUUUUCUAAAAUUACCUAAAUCAGAUAUUUUGAAAAGAACUACCCAAAGAGUCUUUACAGAAACAGAGUCCGAGUAUGAACCAAAGAACGAAAUAUCUGUAAUCUUUGAAGUAAAUGAUAUUGAUAAACAUCUAAUAUAUAACGUGGAAUGGCUGCUGGAAGGUAAAUAUUAUAUGGAUGCAAUGGAAGCCGUUAUUGCAUUGGCAAGACGUUUCCUUAUUAAUGGUAAAGUUAAAGCUCUGGAUUUUUUCUUCAAGCGGAAUUCUGUUGAUGAUUUGGUAAAGAACUAUGAUUUAACAAAAUUGGCGGCUCAAAGAAUGUCUACUGAUGAUGAUAGCAUUAUUUUAGAUUGCAAAACCCAGGAAUUACGUCAAUACGAACGUUUAAUUGAUGGAUUGAAUAAUUACGAGCAAUGGAAUAAGACAGUAAAAUUAUUAAAUUCAGAAUCUAAUAUUCCAUCGUUGAUAGAGAAAUUCCGCGAAUACACAGAUGGAACAUAUGAUAUCAUUAAAACCUUUUUGGUGGACUUAACUGAGAACCAUGAUCAUCCAGAGCAAGAGAUCCUCCAUGAAAUCAGGUCUUUGUAUACACCAUUUUUGAUUAUAGAACUACAUAAGGGUCUCGUUGAAGCAUCUAAGUUGCUCAAAAUUCCGAAAUUCAUUAAUGAAGCUCUAAACUACACUUCUUUAGUUGCAAAUGAAACCGACAAGAUAUAUCUUCUCUUCAAGUCAAGUAAUAAGUUGAAAGAAUAUUUACAGUUAGUAGCAAAUACUGCUACGCUAGUAGAAUAA